UCGUUCUCUUAGCGUCACUGUGAUUAGCUGCAGCAACGUCUCGUUUUUCACGUACGGAUCAUAUUCUUCGUGUUGUAGACAGAAAUGGAGGAGCUGAGCGCUGUGGGUGAACAGGUUUUUGAUGCUGAAUGCAUUUUAAACAAACGACUCAAAAAGGGAAAGUUAGAGUUUCUCGUGAAGUGGAGAGGAUGGUCAUCCAAACACAACAGUUGGGAGCCUCAAGAAAAUAUCCUUGACCCAAGGCUGUUGGCGGCAUUUAACAAAAAAGAGCAUGAAAAGGAGCUUCUCUUGCGAAAUAAAGGAAAACGGCCCAGAGGAAGACCACGGAAAAUUGUAAAAAAUCAAGUCCCAGAAACUCCAAAAUCAAGUAGCUCUUCAUCUGGCUCAUCUUCUGACUCCUCUGAUUCUUCAUCCUCCUGCUCCUCAUCCUCGUCAGAAGAAGACGAUGAUGACAAUGAUGUUGAGCAAGCAAAUCAGAUUGUAAGGACACGGGAAAAUCAUCCUGUCCCUCAGAAGAAAGCAGAGAUAGUUGUGGCUAAACAGGAACCGCCGAAUAAGCGGAGUAAGAAGCCCGCGACGCCUGAAGGGAAUGAGUUGCCGCAUAAAAGGGGUCUCCGAAAAAAUCCAAAGAUGUCCAAUGAUACAGAUCAUCCUGGAGCAAUCAAAAAGCCUGUUCAACUUGCAAGUUAUACCCUAAUGGGUUUUCAACAAGGCUUAGGUAGAGAUACAGUUGGUCAAGGCGUGGGUUCCCUUGGCCAUGGUGGCCCUCAGAAAAGCGCUGUAGGAUCUAGCAAAUCCACUCAAAGUCCGUCUUUGUCCCUCUACAAAUCUAACAAAAGCAGGGAUGUCACUGAAGGGAAAACCUCCGGGUCCAGUAAAGACACUGAAAAACAUCUGGAAUUGAAUACCUCAUCUGGAAAAUCAAAUGGUGUGGCAGCGUUGAGCCUGAAUACUGGCAAAAACCCUAGUCAAGCGAACGUUCGGCAUAGCCUCAGUUCCCCCAACGGACAAAAAAAGCCCCAAGGUUCUGUGUCAGGUCUUCAGCGAAUACCCCAUGCUAAAGCAGUGGGUUUUGGACCAUCCAAGAACAACAACUCCAGUCAGGGUUCUGGCUUUCAGCCUCUUAACCUUCAGAACAAACCAGCACAGAACAGCACCACUUCUGAAAAUGAAGCUACAUUAUUGUCAGGAACAAAAAUUGCACCAAAACCAGCAAGAAAAGCUAAUGCCCCACAAAACCAAGACUGCAACCCUAAUAAAAGUCCAGAAAGUCCGUGUAGAUUAGAGGCAGGAAAGAAUUAUUCUGAAGCAAACAAAACCAAGGAGGCAGCAGAAAUCCGGUCCACUCACAACCAAGGCAGACUAGAGAAGAGCAGCGUGCAUACGUUCCCCCAACAAGAAAAAUUUGCUUACAAAACUGGCAGAAAAAUGAACGACAUGAGCACUGGGGAAGAUGAAACGAGCUCCGACUCGGAUCAGGACUCUACCUGCAGUGGCAAGGAUAGCUCGAUGAACCAGACCCAGGACUGGAAGCCAACGCGUGAUCUAAUAGAACAUGUGUUUGUAACAGACGUCACGGCUAAUCUGGUCACAGUCACAGUGAAGGAGUCUCCCACCAGCAUGGGAUUCUUCAGCGUUCGCAACUACUGACAAGACUCUAGACUCUAGAGGUGACAACAAGAUAUUUUCGUAUUUCAACUGAUCUCUUGAGGGGUCACAACAGCAGACCAUCCUGCCUCCAGCUAUGGGCUGCAGACCAGAUACAGUAAAACCUGAAAGCUCUAGGAAACUCUAGUUAUUUUUUUUUUCUUUGAAAAUAUUUUUCAGAU